AUGGGCGGCUUUCGCGCGGUCGAAGAUCGGCCCACGCCGAAGGAGGUGUACAACUGGCGCCUCUACAUCGAGUCUGCAAUCAUUGCGACAGGAUCCUUGCUGUUUGGAUACGACUCGGCGUUCAUCGGAACAACGAUCGCGCGAGCAAGUUUCGUGCGAGACUUCGGCAUCACUUCGGCUAUGUCGAAAGAGAUAUCGUCAAACAUCACUUCGGCUUUCCAGGCCGGCGCCCUCGGCGGCGCGCUUAUGUGCUUCUUCAUCACGGAGUAUGUCGGCCGUAAAUGGGCCCUCAUCAUCAGCAAUCUGGUCUUCCUCGCAGGCGCGAUUCCCAUGGUCGCUGCCACGAACGAUUUAGCAUCAAUGUACGCCGGCCGAGCUUUGACCGGCUGGGGCUGCGGCGUUAUCACUGCGACUGUGCCGUCCUAUAUCGCUGAACUGUCGAUUCCCUCAAUUCGUGGUAUUCUCACCGGCCUGUUUGAAGUCACAUACCAGACCGGCUCUCUCAUUGGUUUCUGGAUCAACUACGGUAUUAACCAAAACAUGAACCCGAACAGCUCCGCGUCCUGGCGCCUGCCCAUGGCGGUCCAGCUCAUCCCUGCAGGUGGCUUGCUCAUCGGAGGCUUCUUCCUGCACGAGUCACCGCUGUGGCUUUACAGAAAGGGACGGGAGGAAGAGGGAGCAAAGGUUCUCGUAGCGCUCAGACAUCUUCCGGAAGACCAUCAGUACAUGCAAGAAGAGGUGGAAAUGAUCCGCGCAAGACUUGCUGAGGAAGCGGCCGUCGCGAAGGCUUAUGGUAACGGGUUCUGGGCAUACAUCCGUGGCUCUCUGUCUGAGCUGUCGCGAAAGGGCAUGUGGAACCGCCUUCUGCUUGUGUUUGCUGCCUUCACUUUGCAGAACAUGUCUGGUGCCGCAGCUAUCAACUACUACUCUCCAACACUCUUCGGCUCUAUUGGUAUCUCCGAUGUGGCUUUGUACACGGGAAUCUAUGGCCUAGUCAAGGCCGUUGCCUCUAUCAUCUUUUACGGAGCUCUCAUCGACAUUUGGGGUCGCCGUCGACCAACGAUCAUUUCUUCACUGGCGUGUUCACUUUGCCUGUGGUUUGUCGGUGCUUAUGUAAAGGUCGGAAACCCGGCCCCAAUCAUUGCUGCAGGUGGUGAACUCUCGUCGUCCACUAAGUCUGGUGGCCAAGCUGCUACUGCGGCUAUUAUGGUUUAUUCCGUCUUUUGGUCUUUCGGUCUCAACGGUAUUCCUUGGAUCGUUUCGGCUGAGAUCUUCCCCGGCGCCCUUCGAAAUCUUACGGGAACCUUCGCGGCCUUCACGCAGUGGCUCAUUCAAUUCAUCAUCACGAAAGCGUUGCCGUACAUUUUCAGCAGUCUAGAUUAUGGCGUAUGGUUCUUUUUCGCCUGCUGGAUGCUCACGGCGACGAUUUGGGCAUUUUUCUUCCUUCCCGAGACUAAGGGUGUCACGAUAGAUCAGAUGGACACACUGUUUGGAUAUGAAGGUGAUCGUCAGGUUCACAGCCAACAGGCGAAGGCGGAUGAUGGGAAGAGUCUAGACCAAAACAUUCGCGAGGUUGACCGUGUCGACGAGGCGUAA